AUGUCUUCCUAUGACCUGUGUCCUCCCACUCCCUGUGGCCCAACCCCACUGGCAAAUAGCUGCAACAAGCCCUGUGUCAGGCAGUGCCAGGACUCCACAGUGGUGAUCCAGCCCUCCCCUGCGGUGGUGACCCUGCCUGGACCCAUCCUCAGCUCCUUCCCCCAGAACACCGCUGUGGGAUCCUCAGCAUCCGCGGCUGUUGGGAGCAUUCUCAGUGCUGAGGCAGUGCCCAUCUCCUCUGGCAGCUCCUUAGGAUUUGGGAGCUUUGGCUAUCCAGGCCUGGGCAGUGGGUACAGCUGGCCCUACCAUCGCUACAACACCUACCAGUAG